GGCGCACGGGCACUGCAAAUGCUAUGCUCGCCGAGCCUCCCACUACAACUCUCGUCAGACCAGACACGGGCUGCAGUCCACACACCCCGUCUGCGCUGGUUCUGAACGUUGGCGAAAAGACUCGGAGUACAAAAAAUUCGUCUUUUCAGGGCACGAGAGGGCUGGAGAGUCUUGUUCUGUACAGUCAGAUUUCAACAUGGCCCCGUGGUGUGGUACUGAGUCGGACAACGAGCAUGCGACAGACUGCGUUCGCACGACUGUCAUCCUUUCGGUGCUCACACUCCUCGCGGUAACACUCGCAGUUAAGGCACUGCUCCAGCACCUCCGAUGGGUAAAAGAACAUCGUCAAUCCUACGAAUAUAGCUCCCUCGACGAGGAAGAGGUAGACGACGACGACGACGACGAAACCACCGCCCAUGGGGACGGAGUCACCGCCGAUGUGCCUUUACUUGCUCCGACGAACGAAGCGGAGGAGGUGGAUAGCAAAUGGACUUGGAUCACGCUCCUCGCUUUAGCCAUUUCGCAAGUGAUUCUCGCACUCGUUGAGAAUGGCAUUCGUCUGCGCAAGGAGGGGGAUGCGUACUGGAAACAAGCUCCUUUUCACUUCCUGGAACUAGGCCUUACCAUCUUGCAAUGGACUUUCAUAACUGCAGUCAUCGCUUACCUUCAUUGGUCGCCCUCGCCGACUCCCGGCUCCUAUCUCUAUAAGGCAUAUGCAAAAUCCAAGCGCAGUGCUAUCCUCAAUCUCCUAGUCUUCGCUGCCGGGUUUGCAAUCUUCCAAGUCUAUACAAUCGUUCGCAUUUGGCUGCAUGCUGGUGAUCGGUUGGACAUCGUGUUCAGCUUUGGCGCUCUUACACUCACUUCCGCGUUUGUGGUUGUCGGUCAUUAUGCUACGAGAGAGGCCCGACAGAGCAUCCCCCGCUCCCAGAACGAGUCGGAUGAGCUUCAAAAGCCUCUCGAGUUGGGACAGUCAAUCCUUUCGAGAGCGUACUUUGCCUGGAUUACUCCGUUGAUCACGGUAUGCUCCCUACCGUAGCGCGUAACCUCCUGGUCUUGUCAUACUUCCUUACGCAGUCUCGUAUUGGAUAGGUGGGUUACCAACGACCGCUUG